CUUUUCUUUUCUUUCUCCUCCAUAGCCGCUUUAGUCUUCCUUUUCUUCUCUGUGAUUCAGUGAGUGUGAUUGAUAUUGAUGGAGCUCAGUUCUUUGAGGACCUUAAUGAUUUCUGGUGCAAUGCUGCUGGUCUUGAUGGAAAGACUGUAACUGUUUGCAGCCUUAGAUGGUGAUUACCUGAGUUAAUCAAACCAUGGCAGGUUCACUCUUAUGGUUUCUGUGGACUAGUGGUGCUGAGUACAUAAUUUCAGAGCAAUUCUUUCCUUAAGCGGGCCUGAUGAGUAAAGUAGGUUUUGUUUCUCAUAUCAACAAUGAACUUCAUAUCCAUUUUGCGCCAACGGAGGAUCACUAGUGCGCUUCAUCAAACAAUUGUUAUAUCUUUGUCCAAACAAAGUAUUCAUUCAUGUCACAGUUUUUGUUCAAAAACAUCCGAUGCAAAUUUUACUUCAGAGAACUCAGAAUCCAAAAAAGAAGAAAGGUUGAUAGCUCAGAACGCAGAAUCAGAAAAAGAAGAAAGGUUGAUAGCUCCCGGAAUGGUGGCAACAAGGAACAGCUUAAGUCAAAGAAUUGAAAGUGUACCCAUGGGAGAGUCCGUCGGAUCCACUUUCCAAAGCUGGAUGGGUGAUGGUCUGCCUAUUCAUAGAGGUGACAUUUUCCACACCAUCAAUCGUUUGCGCAAACUCAAAUCCAACAAGCGUGCUCUUGAGGUGAUGGAAUGGGUUAUAAGGGAGAGACCAUACAGACCAAAGGAACUAGAUUACUCAUAUUUAUUAGAAUUCACUGCUAAGCUUCAUGGCAUAUCACAAGCGGAAAGCCUUUUCUCCCGAAUUCCAUCAGAGUUCCAAAAUGAGUUGCUGUACAACAAUCUUAUACUCGGAUGCUUGAACAGAGGCAUGAUAAGGCUUUCACUAGCAUAUAUGAAGAAAAUGAGAGAGCUAGGUCACCCCAUAUCUUAUCUGGUGUUCAAUCAGCUCAUCAUUCUCCACUCCUCUCCAAGCCGCAAGAAGUCAAUACCUAAAAUCUGGACGCAGAUGAAAGCCGAUAAGGUUAUUCCACAUGUUUCAACCUUCAAUAUUCUGCUCAAGAUAGAAGCAAAUCAACACAAUAUUGAAGGCCUAUUGAAAGUGUUUGGUGACAUGGAAAGAGCAAAAGUUGAACCGAAUGAGGUAUCUUACUGCAUAUUGGCCACUGCACAUGCUGUGGCCAGAUUGUAUACAGUUAGUGAGACCUAUAUUGAAGCUAUUGAGAAGUCUGCAACUGGACAAAACUGGUCUACGCUGGACAUUCUUGUCAUACUGUAUGGGUAUCUGGGAAACCGGAGUGAUUUAGAGAGGACAUGGGGCAUCAUUCUGGAGCUUUCUCAUGUCAGAUCUAAGAGUUAUGUCCUGGCAAUCGAAGCAUUUGGUAGGAUCGGAGAUCUCUGUCGAGCUGAAGAGCUAUGGUCCGUAAUGAAAUCGAAGAAUUCUUUGAAGUCAAAUGAGCAGUUCAAUUCGUUGAUAGCUGUAUAUUGUAGACAUGGACUCAUCACCAAAGCCACUGCCAUGUAUAAGGAGAUGGAGCAAAGUGGGUGCAAGCCAAACACCAUUACUUUUCGGCAUCUUGCUCUUGGUUGCUUGAAAGCGGGGUUAGUUAAGGAGGCUAUCAAAACUCUUCAACUGGGGAUGGAUAUGGAAGCAAGCAUAAAGGUGAAAAGAUCAACUCCAUGGUUGGAGACUACUCUUUCAAUAGUUGAAAUAUUUGCAGAUAAUGGCGAUGUAGAGAAUGUUGAAAAGUUGUUUGAAGAACUGAAGAAAGCAAAUUAUACUAGGUAUACUUUUGUGUACAAUGCGUUAAUUAAGGCAUAUGUUAAGGGGAAGGUAUAUGAUCCAAAUCUUCUUAAAAGAAUGAUUCUUGGAGGGGCUAGGCCAGAUUCUGAGACCUAUAGCCUUUUGAAAGUUAUUGACAAAUUUCAGACGUGAUUAUAUUAGAAUUAUUUUGUAUGAUAUUACACUGCUGCUUCAAAUUACUCAGCUAGGAGUAAUCCUAUUCUGCCCAUUAGUGAAGAUAGCCAUACUUCAGCAUGCCCGUCCUAUUCGAGUCGUGGAGAGAUGAUGGCAGGUACUUGCUCAAUGAGUUGCUGGAUUGAUUUUGACAUGCAAUGCUUAUCAAAAACAUGUUUCAUAUGUUGCUGAAGGUGGUAAUGCAUCACAUAGCAGAAACAGAUACAACAACACACCCAGUGUAUUCCCACAAAGUAGGGUCUGGGGAGGGUAAAGUGUACGCAAUCCAUACCACCACCUCAGAUGUAGAGAGGCUGUUUCAAUACUGCAAGAUUUAGAGCUUUUAUCUAUAGCAUAAACAGAUAAAAGCUCUUAAUCUUGCAGUACGAGGAAUUUGAUGAAUGAAGACUGGAAAAUCUGCAACAGAUGUAUGCAUCAGGAACAGGAAAAAGCGGAGUUUUAUGGAGAUUGCAGCUGAAUGGGACGAGGAAGAGACCGAGGAUGAGGCAGUUGUGAGAAGAUGCCAAGCACCAAAGAGAAAUGCUUGGCCAAAAACCAGUUAUAAGGAACAAACAACCAUCUGAGAGGACUCUUCUGUCACGUAGCACAAUCUUAAUAGCUUAGUUGGAUGACCACGUGAACUAUUAUAUUAUUGGUGUGGGUUCGAUUCUC